AUGCUCUCCGGUUUGAUCCAUUCUGCACGCGAGUGCUCCAUCAUGCACGCUAUCUCUUUGUGCGCCAUCCUCGCCGUAGCAACUCCUGCGGCUAGCGCAGCCAUCACCGCCAAACACACCUUGGCAGUCGCUGGGUCGGGAGACUUUGCCCACUACCGAAUUGUUGCCCUGGCAAAUUUGGGCAAUGGUAUCCUCCUAGCCUCCUAUGAUGGGCGCCCAGAUGGAGGAGAUUCUCCAUCUCCCAAUUCGAUUAUGCAACGGCGCAGUACGGAUGGUGGCGCUACAUGGGGCGAGCCGACCUACAUUGCCAAAGGCCAAUCCAAGACAUCAUCCCUCCAACAGUACGGAUUCAGUGACCCAAGCUACGUGGUCGAUUCCAAGACUGGAAAAGUUUUCAAUUUCCAUGUCUUCUCGAAGAAUCAGGGAUUCGUCAAUGGUGUGAUCGGAAAUGACGAUACCAACUUGAAUGUGGUGAGCGCUGAAGUCUCAGUCUCCACCGAUAAAGGAGUUAGCUGGAGCACCGAUCCAGACAACCAACCCUCCUUGCCUCCUGUUGCAUCUUCCAAUGUGGGUGCACCCCCACUUAUUACUAAGGCAAUCAAGCCGGUGGGUAGUACUGUCAAUGGGGUAGCCAAUGUCGGUGGAAUCACCGGACUUUUCGCCUCGUCGGGAGAAGGCAUUCAACUCAAAUAUGGGACACACGCCGGACGCCUGGUUCAACAAUUCCUCGGCAAAGUCAUCCAACCAAGCGGUUCAAAGGUAUCGCAAGCUUAUAGUGUCUACAGUGACGACGGUGGCGCUACGUGGAAAAAAGGAAAUGUUAUUGGCACCGGAAUGGACGAGAACAAAGUCGUGGAGCUCUCCAAUGGCAAUUUGAUGAUGAACUCACGCUCGAGUGACGGUAGCGGAUAUCGCAAGGUUGCAACUUCAACCGACGGUGGUGAAAACUGGUCAACCCCAGUAACCGAGACUCAAUUACCUGAUCCAGGAAACAACGGUGCUAUCGCAAGAGCGUAUCCUGAUGCAGCACAGGGCUCGGCCAAUGCCAAGAUCCUCCUGUUCACCAAUGCCAACAGCAAGACAAGCCGGAGCAAUGGCACAAUCCGUUACUCCUGCGACGACGGAAAGACUUGGUCUGCUGGUUCAGUCUUCCAAUCGGGCUCAACGGCUUAUUCCACAGUCACUGCUCUCGGUAAUGACAGGUUCGGAAUAUUUUACGAGGGCGAUAACAACGACCUUGUUUACAUUGAAGUUUCCAAGGAAUUUAUUGGCAUUUCUUGCUGA